UAUAUAAGCUGGAGUACACUGUUAGGGUGAUUUUCAUUUUUAGAUAGAAGAACACGCCUCACAACACCUGCUAAACAGUAACAACCUCAGACCUCUGCCAGCUGACCUCAACCUGUUACCAAAGUUCAGGGUGUCUGUUUUCACUCAUUGGCGUCGCUCGGUCCUCUUUAGUGCCUUGAGCGACUGCACAGCAUGCUGCCUGGGAGAGCGGCUGAUGUCCGGCUCUGCGUCCUGACGCGCCGCUGGCUGCCCGCAGCUCUGGCGCUGCUCCUCCUCAUCUCCUUCAGCCUCAGCAGCGCUCACAGCACCACGGUGGAGCACGACUUCCACAUUGUCCACAAAGUCGACAACAGAAGUCCAGAGAUAGACCCAUUUUGGUAUGUGGGGCGUGGGGUGAGACCCAUUGGGCGUUUUGGGAAGAGACACAGCAGUGUGGAGGCUCUGGGUAGCAGUGGGAUGCAGCCUGUCGUCAGGAUGGUGGCGCUCCUCCUCAACAGCUUCAGAAACAAGGAGAAUCUCAGGAAAGUGCUGGAGGGGGAGGACAGAGAUUGGUUACCAUGACAACUUCUGAACAUCUUUAUUUUUUAUUUUGAGGUUAUUUAUUGUUUUGCUCCAGCUCUUCACUGUAUUUCUCUCUGCUGUCUGUAAUAAGAGCUUGGUUAAUGGGAUCCUCAGUAAACUCCCUUUCCAAAUGUAUCUGUACAUAAAAUGUAUUCUAUAUUGAUUAAUAA